AAUUACUAUAAUUAUUAUAGAGGUUUAGUUAUAUGAAAGAAUGUUGCCUUGUACUUUCCUGUGUGGAGAGUACGGCAGUGACGAACCGACUAAGUUAGGAAGGUCUUCCGCUGCUAAUCCUUGUAACUAAUUAACCUAAUAGUGAUGCUUAGAAGUCGGGGCGUUACACAACUAGAGUCACAAUUCUUCUAGAGUUGGUAGAUGACGCAAUCUCAUACCUAAGUGAGGGCAUAGUUAUUAUUUGAAGGGAGCUUUGUGAAGAUGUAGGUGGUUCAAAUACAACAUCUACAAGUGCUGUCAUAGCAUAAAUGGGCAGUCAGAUUUCACAAUGCACAUGUAGAUCAAUAAAUUAUCAAACUUGAGCAAGGUAUGACUCCCUUAUUUUGUUAAUCAUAAGCUUUUGUAACUAACUGGAGCAAAGGAAGGCUCCUUUAUUUUGUAACUCAUAAACUUAUGUCCAUGGAGCAGGGAAAGACUUAUUUUUAUAUAUCACACACUUUAGUAACUAGAGCAAGAGAAGGCUCCUUCGGUAUCAAACAUUCGAUUCAAGAUCUAGCCAUGAAAGUAGUUAUGUAGACUCCCCUUUAUGCAAAUAUUUUGGACCAUAGAAAAAUGUAUAAAUCAACCAAGGAAGCCAUUGUAAAUCACAAUCUCUAAUUUAGAAAUAUAGAUUAGCUAGCAUAUGGUAUGAGCAAAUAAACAUAUGGUAUGAGCAAAAAAUGAGUUCACGACAAUAAAGACAACAUUUACUAGCAUAUGGUAUAAACAAAAAACAGAAAGAAAGCAACAGAGGGUAAUUAAAAUGAGAUCAAUUGACCACGGUUAAUAAUGUCUCAAACUAUAAGAUCAAUUAAUCAAUAAAAUAAUUGCAUAUCAGUUUAAAUAGCCUAAGAGAACCACAAUGUCAUGCAUAAAUUAAUCAACUUGUAAAAGCACACUCUUGGAGUCUAGAACAUCUACAUAUGGUCACUCUUUGAAACAAUAUAUUGCUUCUAAAUGAUCCUAAUUUCUGAUUUUCAAUUUCUUUUUCAUUAAUCAAUUUCUUUCACAUGGAGCAUGACGUCAGGGAAAGGGAAACCCUCAAUAUAAACCCAUGUAACAAUGGUCUUCCAAUAAAUUUAUUUACCUAAUGAUGGGAUCAUAUUAUUUUAAACACCUAAAACUAGCUAGUAAAUACAAAUCAUGGUUCUUACAAACAAACAAUCAAAAUAACGCAUAAUACUUUCAUAGAUUUCCAUCAUAACACAAACCAUACAAUAACAAAUAAUUCCAUAAUUUUGUUAAUCCAUACAACAAAAAGUUCUUCCCAACCAAGAAAACUACAAACUAGUGUCUGGAAAAUUUUGCUCACAAACGUUAUACAAUAACACAAAAUUCCCACAAAACGAUAGCAAAAAAAACCAAAAUAAUCCCAAAAUCAUGAGAAACUUUAUACUACUACUGAAAAUAAUAUAUAGAUGCUUAUCUAGUUGAAGAUUCUGGCCAAUUAUCAGGGGCUUGUGUUUCGUCUGAGUCGUAUCCAAUUGUCGGCGAAGAUGGUGGUGGUGGAAGUUCGGUCGGAGAUGGGGGUUGCAAAUACCUUGUCCUCUUGUUACUAGUGUCUCUUUCGCACUCAAGUGUGUCGGGGGCUACUUCACCCACGAAACCCACUUCAACUGGUGAUGUUUUUGGGAGACACACUUCAACCUUGCUGCAACUGUUGUCUUUGACAUCAGAUCUCAAAUCAGAAAAAUCCUCGUCUUCAUGAGCAAGAUCAAAGUUGACCUCCUCUUUUAAGCUAGAUCAAUGUCCCAUAGGGUGCUUCAACUUCGUCAAGUUUACAUAUUCCUCAUCACUUUCAGAAGAAUAAUAAUAGUAGUAAGGAUCCAUUGAUGAAAUGAAACUUGAUAGAGAGAAAGAGAGAGAACGUCGAAGGUAUAUUGGAGCAACGCCGAUUUCUAGGGUUCUUGAAGAGUGAAUUGAGCACAUCAAAGGAGAGAACAAUGGCGCAUAGCAAAUUGAGUAAGUAAAUUCUCCAUAGAUCGAAGGAGAGAAGAUCGAAAGAGAAAGGGUCAAAGUUUUAGGGUUCUUGAAGGUGAAGAACUGAUUGAAAAUUUAAUCGAAAGAGAGUAGAUGUUUCUAGAUUCAGGGUUCUUAUAAUUUCAGUAAAUUGAAGGAAAUGGGAAAAAAGUUCACUUGAUUUUAUUUUUAAAGCUACUAGUAAUGGGGAUAUAAGGUAAGUAGAUUAAUUAAUAAAUUGAAGAAAAUGGUUAGUAGGUGAAUAAUUAAUAUUAGAAGUUAAUAAUAAGGGUAAAAAGGAUAAUUUCAUGCCAUGAAAAGCUUACUGAAAAAGAAAAUGGUGCAACUAUUAUAACAUUUUUGAAAAAGGAAUACAGUGCAACUAUUUUAAAACGGAGAAAACAUUACACAGGGGAGUUACACGAGGGAGGAACCAACACUUUUGGUAGAAAUUCAUUAACUGCAUGAAAUAAUAAGCUCCAGUACCGUUAGAUGGAAUGAAAAAUGUUGUUAAUUGGUGAUGAUUUUAAAGAACUUAGAUGGUAUAAGGUGAUUAUUUUGAAAAUGUUGUUUUUUUUUUUAAAUCCAUAUGAGCCACGAAGGCAAUCGUUCACAACACCUCAAUCUUAACCAUUAGGACAAGACAUCCUUGGUGAAAAAAAAAGAGAGUGGGUUCUAUAAGAAGGUUAUUGUGAAAACAAAAAGUCAAAAACCUAAAAAGAAAAACCUAGCAAUCGCCAUGGGUUCAUCAUAUGUCGAAUAAGGGCCUAAGCUCUAAUAUCGUAGUCCAAACAAAAAGGCCCAGAUUACAUUUAUACUAUGCAAAUUAAAGCUGCUUCUCUUAGCUGCAGCACCAAACCCUAGCAAUCUCUUUCCAGUCUCCGGUACACUCUCUCUCUCCUCAUUCCUCUGUAAUCUGUAUUUUGUUGAAUCUCUUAACUCCAAUUAAUUUUAAUUCACCAUUUUUGUGGUAUUGUUAGCAGGUUUUGCUCCUUAUAAGCUUUAAUCAUGAGUAAGCUUCAGAGUGAAGCAGUGAGAGAAGCCAUCACUGGGAUUAAAAGUGAUGCAGUAGAGAAGAAUCGCAAGUUUACCGAGACAAUUGAGCUCCAGAUUGGACUGAAGAAUUAUGAUCCACAAAAGGAUAAGCGUUUCAGUGGUUCUGUUAAGUUGCCACACAUUCCUCGUCCUAAGAUGAAAGUUUGCAUGCUUGGAGAUGCACAACAUGUGGAAGAGGCUGAGAGGAUAGGUUUGGAAUGGAUGGAUGUCGAAGCGUUGAAGAAACUUAACAAGAAUAAGAAAUUGGUUAAGAAGCUUGCAAAGAAGUACCAUGCUUUCCUUGCAUCUGAAGCUGUUAUUAAGCAGAUUCCUCGUUUGCUCGGUCCUGGUCUCAACAAGGCUGGUAAGUUCCCAACUCUAGUCACCCACCAAGAACCCUUGGAGAACAAAGUGAAUGAGAUCAAGGCAACUGUGAAGUUUCAGCUUAAAAAAGUUCUCUGCAUGGGAGUUGCUGUUGGUAAUUGUAGUAUGGAUGAGAAACAGAUUUUCCAAAAUGUGCAAAUGAGUGUCAACUUUCUCGUAUCGCUGUUGAAGAAAAAUUGGCAAAAUGUCCGAUGCUUGUACCUGAAGAGUUCCAUGGGUAAGCCGUACCGCAUCUUCUAAAACAGACCCUAUCUAUCGUUGUAUUUGGUUAAAAUGCUUUGUAGGAAUUCCAGUUUUGUUGAUUACCUAGUAGUACACUUUUACUUGUUGUGAGCUCAGGUAUACACUGAUGAUGUCGUUGAAUGAAAUGGCCAAAUCUUUUCUACUUAGUAUUGUUCUCAGCAACAUUUGAUGUUAUUUUUACCCUUUUUUGAACUUUUUGAUAGUUAUAUUUUAUUGGGGUUAUGUAUCUGCCAUUAGUUUCCUGUAUGAUGUGGUUGUGGCAAUUUUAUGGAAGUAGUUGAUGGUAAUUGGUAUGACGAGUGACAGACAAUCAUAUUCCAUAUCCUUUGUUUCUUAUUGAUGCAUCAUAUUGAUUGGACAUACUUUUUGAUGUACAUUUUUAACUACCAAUAUUUUUAAAUAUAUAUUAUUAAAAGUCAUAAAAAAAUAAUAUAUGCAUUGAGAUUAACCAAUUAAAAAUUAAAAUUAUGAUAUUUAUCUUUAUAAAUUAUUAAUUAAAAAUGGUCAAAGUGAGUAUCUAGAAGGGGUAAGAUGUUAAUAUGCUGCAUUUAUUAGGAAAUGAGGAUGUA